CUCCUCGUCGGUUCGUAAUCCGAUAGUCGAUGCUGGAUUGCCUUUGUUGUCGUCCGCUCGCGGUCUUUCCUUCUUCGCACUUACCGCCCGUUCUCCAUACCGGGCGCACAUCGUCUCUGAACCCGUCCCGAGCGUGCCCGCACCAUGGCCAAUCUGACGUUGGACAAAGACGCCUUCCACAGGAGGAUCUCUCGUCUCCACAAAGCCUACAAGUCUGGCACCGACGGCUUUCCAGAAGUGGACGCAAUCGUCUCGGCCAUCGGCUCCAACGACGACAUCGUCUACAGCAAGUCUACAGCCCUACAGACAUGGCUGUUUGGUUACGAACUCAUGGAUACAGUCAUGGUAAUGACUUUGGAAGAAAUUCAUUUUCUUGCGUCUAAAAAGAAAAUUGAAUUUUUGAAACAAAUUGAAGGCACCAAGGAUGAAAAUGGUUUACCCUCGGUUAAAUUACAUAUUAGGGAUAGGAACGAUGAUUCAGCUAAUUUCAAGAAACUAAUUGAAACAAUAAAAACCAGCAGGGGUGGUAAAAAGCUUGGUAUUUUCAGUAAAGACAAUUUCACCGGCUCGUUCAUUGAAGGAUGGAAAAAAGCAGUGAAAAAUGAGGAUUUUCAAAAUGUCGAUAUAAGUGGUGCAGUUGGCUACAUAUUGUCAGUCAAAGAGGAAUCUGAGCAGAGUCUGAUCAAAAAGGCCAGCCAGGUUUCUGUAGACAUUUUCAAUAAAUAUCUCAAGGACCAAAUUAUGGAUAUUAUUGACUCAGACAAGAAAGUAAAACAUAGCAAGCUUGUUGAAGGUGUAGAAAGUGCUUUAAGUGAAAAGAAAUAUGUUGGAAAUGUUGACCCAUCUAACUUAGAUAUGUGCUAUCCUCCUAUAAUACAAAGUGGAGGGCACUAUAGUUUAAAGUUUAGCGCAGUUAGUGACAAGAACAACCUUCACUUUGGUGCAAUCGUCUGCUCGCUUGGUGCUCGCUAUAAGAGCUAUUGUUCAAACAUUGCGAGAACAUUUUUAGUAGAUCCUUCUGAGGCUGUGCAAGACAAUUACAAUUUUCUACUUGAACUUGAGGAAGAGCUUUUGAAAACACUGCAGGCAGGGGCAAAGCUGUGUGAUGUGUACAAUGCAGGUGUUGAAUUUACUAAAAAGAAGAAGCCGAGUCUGAUAGACAACCUGACAAAAAAUUUUGGUUUUGUCAUGGGAAUUGAAUUCAAAGAGAGUUCUCUCGCAAUCGCACCAAAAAUAACAGCCACAGUGAUAAAAGGGCAAGUUUACAAUCUCAAUGUAGGUCUGUCAGGCCUGACAAACAACGAUGCUAAAGAAAAGGAAGGCAAAACCUAUGCUUUAUUUAUUGGUGAUACAGUUUUGGUCAAUGAGGAUGCUCCAGCUACAAUUUUGACCCAAUCAAGAAAAAAGAUGAAAAACAUUGGCAUUUUCCUAAAAGAUGGAGAAGAGGAUGAAGAUGAGGAAGAGAAAGAGAAUGAACCCACUCCAACACCAGUGCUUGGCAGAGGGAAAAGGACUGCUGUGCUCGAUUCUAAACUCCGUCAAGAUUCAUCAGCAGAAGAGAAGAGGAAGCAGCACCAGAAAGAGUUAGCGGCUCAGCUGAAUGAAGCGGCUAAACAGAGGUUGGCUGCACAGUCUGGUGGGCGGCAAGAGGAAAAAGUCCGCAAAAGCAACAUUUCCUAUAAAAGUAGAUCACAAAUGCCAAACGAGCCGGAGGUCAAGGAGCUCAAAAUAUAUGUCGAUAGGAAGUAUGAGACGGUGAUCCUGCCAGUUUUUGGUGUACCGGUGCCCUUUCACAUAUCAACUGUAAAGAACAUAUCUCAGAGCGUAGAAGGAGACUAUACUUACCUGAGGAUAAACUUUUUUCAUCCAGGGGCGACAAUGGCUAGAAAUGAAGGUGCAGCUUUUUCACAGCCUGAUGCUACUUUUGUGAAGGAAGUUACAUACCGAAGCAUCAAUACCAAAGAGCCGGGGGAAAUGACUGCACCGUCAACAAAUCUCAACAAUGCUUUUAGAAUAAUAAAAGAAGUACAGAAGAAAUUCAAAUCUAGAGAAGCAGAAGAAAAAGAGAAGGAAGACCUUGUGAAACAGGACAUACUCAUCCUUUCGCAAAACAAAGGCAACCCAAAACUGAAGGAUUUGUACAUCCGACCUAACAUUGUGAACAAGAGGAUGACUGGUUCGCUUGAGGCACACACCAAUGGCUUCCGCUACACUUCUGUCCGUGGGGACAAGGUUGACAUCCUCUACAACAACAUCAAGAACGGCUUCUUCCAGCCAUGCGAUGGUGAAAUGAUCAUCCUUCUCCAUUUCCAUCUGAGACAUGCUAUUAUGUUCGGCAAAAAGAAACAUGUUGAUGUUCAGUUUUAUACUGAAGUCGGAGAGAUAACGACUGAUCUUGGCAAGCACCAGCACAUGCAUGACAGAGACGACUUGGCCGCUGAACAGUCUGAAAGGGAGCUGCGUCACAAGCUCAAAACUGCUUUUAAAAGCUUCUGUGAAAAAGUUGAAACAAUGACCAAAAAUGAAAUAGAAUUUGAUACUCCUUUCAGAGAUUUAGGUUUCCCUGGUGCCCCCUUUAGAAGUACUGUUCUGCUUCAGCCUACUAGUGGGUGCCUCGUCAAUCUGACAGAAUGGCCACCAUUCGUCAUCACUUUAGAAGAUAUUGAACUUGUACAUUUUGAGCGAGUGCAAUUCCACCUGAAAAAUUUCGAUAUGAUAUUUGUAUUCAAAGAUUACCAUAGGAAAGUAUCAAUGGUUAAUGCGAUUCCAAUGAAUAUGCUGGAUCACGUGAAAGAAUGGCUGAACUCCUGUGAUAUAAGGUAUUCUGAAGGUAUACAGUCACUAAACUGGACAAAGAUCAUGAAGACAAUUACCGAUGACCCUGAAGGCUUUUUUGAAAGUGGUGGUUGGACUUUCCUUGACCCAGAGAGUGAUGAUGAACAAGAAGCUGAGGACGAUGAAGAAGAAGAGGAUGAUGCCUAUGAGCCUACAGAUAGUGCUAGUGAAGAGGAGAGCGAUGACGACUCUGAUUACUCUGAAGCGUCCGAAGACAGCGGUUCAGAGGAAGAACUCGGCAGUAGCGACGAAUCGGGCAAAGACUGGUCUGAUUUGGAACGUGAGGCUGCAGAGGAAGACAGAGAGCGUGGCGAUGAUUUUAAUGACGACUAUUCAAGCCGUAAACGAAAACACGGUGAAAGGCACAGCAGCAGCCCCAAGAAGAGUAAACACGAUAAGGAUAAAAGCAAGCAUAAAUCAACCCCUGAUAAAAAGCAUAAGAGCAGCUCUGGCCAUAAAUCUCACAGCAGAACUUCAAUGAAAUCUUCCAAUCACCAUUCAUCUAGCCAUUCAAGUAAAAAGAAAGACUCCUCGAAAAUGCACAGUCCUUCUAAGAGCAAAGAUAAGGAUAGACACAGCAGCAGCCACCACAAGUCAUCACAUGGCAGCACCGAGAAGAAGCAUAGCUCAAGCAACAGCCACAAGUCGUCGCACAGUAGCAGCAGACACCAUAGUAGCUCUAAUGACAAGAAGAGGCACCAUGAUGACGACUCCAGCAAACAGCCUUCUAAAAAGCACAAGAAGUGAAAAUAUCAUUAUUACCUGAAAAAAAUUUCAAAAAAAAUUGUUGCAACUGUGAAAAAACUUGCCAAUGGGAACAUCUGCACCACUUCAGUCAUUCCACUGUUUCAAUCUGGUUAUUUUUAUCCAGCAUGGAAGUCUGCGUAACACCUGUCAUGGAGGUGAAAUUGAUAUUUUUUCCAAAUCAAGAAGAUAAUUAAUAAGAAUAUCAACUAGAAACAGUUUUGUACAUUUUGUAAUAAUAUUUCUUUCUAAUACUUAUUUGAAUGAUUAAUUGUGAAAGAAGGCAAGAUAUAUAUAUCUUAAAUAUAAUUAUAGGCAUUUUAGAAGUUAAAAGUA